AUGAUACACACAGACCUUCCGCCUCAGAGCCCAGUCUGCCUCAGAGCCCGGUCUGCCUCAGAGCCCAGUCUGCCUCAGAGCCCAGUCUGCCUCAGAGCCAGUCUGCCUCAGAGCCCGGUCUGCCUCAGAGCCCGGUCUGCCUCAGAGCCCGGUCUGCCUCAGAGCCCAGUCUGCCUCAGAGCCCAGUCCGCCUCAGAGCCCAGUCCGCCUCAGAGCCCAGUCCGCCUCAGAGCCCAGUCCGCCUCAGAGCCCAGUCCGCCUCAGAGCCGGUCCGCCUCAGAGCCCGGUCUGCCUCAGAGCCCAUCUCAGAGCCCAGUCUGCCUCAGCCCAGUCUGCCUCAGAGCCCAGUCUGCCUCAGCCCAGUCUGCCUCAGAGCCCAGUCUGCCUCAGAGCCAGUCUGCCUCAGAGCCCGUCUGCCUCAGAGCCCGUCUGCCUCAGAGCCCGGUCCGCCUCAGAGCCCAGUCUGCCUCAGAGCCCAGCUCAGAGCCACAGAACAGAACAGUGUGUUUUGUCUCUGGGUUUCAGAGGGAAGCUGAUUCUGGUGGAGCGACUCCGUUUGCGGACGUUGAGAAGGUGGAGGUCGGCCUUUACGAUGUAAACACCAAACCAGAGAACAUGGCCAUCUCUUUUGGGUCCAGAGCACACCUGGAGGAAGAAGCCGUCGCGUCGCGGUCUAUGUUCCGUACAUUCCUGAUGUAUGGGUUCCAUUUCCUGGUUUGGUUCUUCUGUGUGCGGGGCAUCAAGGACACGCAGUGUGGCUUCAAGCUCUUCACCCGCGACGCCGCGCUCAAUACCUUCUCCUCUCUACACGUGGAGCGGUGGGCCUUUGAUGUGGAGCUGCUCUACAUCGCUCAGCGCUUUAACAUCCCCAUAGCUGAGGUGGCUGUCAACUGGACUGAGGUGGAAGGGUCUAAGCUGGUGCCAGUGUGGAGCUGGCUACAGAUGGGUAGAGACCUGGUGUUCAUCCGCCUGCAUUACAUCACUGGUGCCUGGAGACUGGAGAGCCCGCGCAAGACCGCCUAGCCAAUUACAGCAGUCCACACACACACUGAGACAGCCUGCGAUUGUAACCAGGGGUUCUGAGGAGGAACAACAGUAACCAGGGGUUCUGAGGAGGAACAACAGUAACCAGGGGUUCUGAGGAGGAGGAACAACAGUAACCAGGGGUUCUGAGGAGGAACAACAGUAACCAGGGAUUCUGAGGAGGAACAACAGUAACCAGGGGUUUUCAGGAGGAACAACAGUAACCAGGGGUUCUCAGGAGGAACAACAGUAACCAGGGGUUCUGAGGAGGAACAACAGUAACCAGGGGUUCUGAGGAGGAACAACAGUAACCAGGGGUUCUGAGGAGGAACAACAGUAACCAGGGGUUCUCAGGAGGAACAACAGUAACCAGGGGUUCUGAGGAGGAACAACAGUAACCAGGGGUUCUGAGGAGGAACAACAGUAACCAGGGGUUCUGAGGAGGAACAACAGUAACCAGGGGUUCUGAGGAGGAACAACAGUAACCAGGGGUUCUGAGGAGGAACAACAGUAACCAGGGGUUCUGAGGAGGAACAACAGUAACCAGGGGUUCUGAGGAGGAACAACAGUUACCAGGGGUUCUGAGGAGGAACAACAGUAACCAGGGGUUCUGAGGAGGAACAACAGUAACCAGGGGUUCUGAGGAGGAACAACAGUAACCAGGGGUUCUGAGGAGGAACAACAGUAACCAGGGGGUU